AACAUUGAGAAUUUGAGGCUGUUACUACUUCCGGACUGAACAUAAACAACAAUAUUACAGUCACAGUGUCUAUGAAAUUUCGCCAACCUUCAUUUUUGCAAAAUUGCGAAAUGCACUGCAUUAAGUGCAACGGGCAGAUAUCACGCAUGCUGUCUCUGUGAUUGUUUGAAAGAUAGGUUAUUAUGGUGCGAUCUGAAUCAAGGGCCUUCUAAUUUCUGUUUUCAUCCAGGACAGUCAGCAGACAGUGUGGAUGGUGAUGAUGAUGAGUGAAUGAAUCCAAUAUAGAGACUAUAGAAAUAGAAUCUAGAUUCUAUAUGUGUGUGAAUAUGAGUGUGCACGUUCAGUAGACUGUAGAGUCUAGAUUCUACUUCUAGAUUCUAGAACCUAGAUUCUAGAUGUAGAUCAAGAUCUAGUCUAGAUCUUGUCUGUACAACAGUCAUACCAUAGAGUGGACACAACUUCAACGACAUCUAAGACUUGAACAGCAGAAGGCUAUCUGUAGAAAUAGAGCCUGUACUGUCUGUAAGACUGUAGACUGUAGCAGCACAGUGGUAAGGGGUUCAACAUCAAUGAGUGUUUCGUGAGCUGUUAGAAGUGGUAGAACAGCUUUUGGCUUUUGUCAUGUGACGUCCAGUUGGGGUCAGAGCACAGGGACCUUGUGCAUCUCCUCCACAGAGCAUGAAUGUGGUGGCAAGCUUUCUCUUUAUGGCAUUGCUGCUGCUAGCAAUCAAAGCCCAGAAGGCGAAGGUGGAAAUAAUUGGUCCUGACCGUGUGCAAGAGUUCCAUGCCUGUGUAGGGACCACAGCCUACAUUCCAUGGCCUCUCAAUGUCUUGCUGAGGACAGGGCACAAGUCACCCUCCAUAUCUUUGACUUUCCGGCGGAGGCACAGUGAGAAGAGCAAUGUCAUUGCUCGGUUUACAGAGCGCAAAGAGUUCCAGGUUGAGACUCUGUUUCGAGGAAGGUUGAGCGUUUCUUCUGAAAUGUCCGGCAUCUUCUUAAAGCGUGUCAGUUUUGAUGAUGCAGGGAUGUAUCUGGCCCAAGCCACUUUGGACUAUGGUCAAGUGUGGACUCGAUCCACGAAUCUCACUGUUCAUAUUCGUCCGAUUGUCAUUGGAGGGCGACUUAACUUAAGUCAGACAGAGAGUAUUGCUGCAUCAGGGGGUCAAGGUCACUGCGUCAGCCUGGUAUGCGGGACGUUGGAGUAUGCAGGUUACCCCCCAGCUCAGUUCGCCUGGAGUGCUCCAGGGAAGACUUUGUCUGGAAAAACAACCUCGGAUGAUACUGCCAGUUCUGUCCAGGUUUGCUCCCCUUUCCAGGGCGAGGUCACUUGCUCCCUGGUUGGCUUCUCCUCAGUGUGCACCUAUGACCACGUGGUCUCUCUCCAUCUUGAUCUUCCGGGUCCUCCGGCCAAUGCUAGCAGUGUCCACCAGUCUAAGGUGACCCGUGACCUGGUUCUGAUGAUUGUCAUGCCAGUGCUGGCCAUUGCUUUGCCGCUGACCAUCCUAGGCAUCUGGGUGCUGAGUCACCUGCUCAAGUCUUACCCGCAGUACAGAGAGCAUCGGCACUAUGAGAAACAGCAUUCAAACAAAAGGGAUCGCUUGUCAACUGCUGCGUUAAUAGAAUUAGAUUCAUUGUUGCCCAGUCAUGAUCCACCAGUGACGGGGGAUGUGGAGGGAGGUGGGCCCCCUGAUCAGACGGUACUUCUCACAGGCGGAGGUGGGGAGGGAGAUGGUGACCAUGUACAGAAUCAGCCUCACAGAAUGGCCUCAGAGCAGGACCGUGCAGAGGAGGAAGAGGAGGACAAUGAUAACAGGAAAGAGGACAAUGGAGAUGAGAGUGAGACCGAUGUGAAGAAUGGGGACAUCCGGGAGGAGGAGGAGGAGGAGGAGGAUGAUGAGCAGAGCCAGAGUAGUGAGGAUGAGAACAAAGUGAAUGAGGAGCAGCCGCUUAUGGAAGAUUCUGCGAAUCUACCGACAGUCAACUUAUGAAUGCUGAUAUUUAGCACAAACAGAUGAGAUGGGUAUCUUUUGUCCUCUCCGCUGGCCAGAAGGCUUUGUGUCACAGACCUCUCUAUGGGCAGCACCCCUUGUGAACUCCUCAGCCUUAGAUGUGGAAGUGUGCAUGCUGAGGCUAUUGGUUUAUAUACUCUGGUGUGGAAGUGUUAAUGUGUGCAUAUAUAUGUGUGUGUGUGCGUGUGGGUGAACAUAGUGUAAAUGCACUCAUAUAUACAAAUGUGGUAUGUGGGAGCAUGUGUUUGUUUGUACAUAGGGUGUAUCUGGAUGUGUGUGUGUGUGUGUGUGUGUGUGUGUGUGUGU